AUGGUCGCAACACCAACAAUAACAACCACUACACUCUUCAUAUCCAAUCUACACUGCCCUUCAUGCAUCACAAGCAUCCAAUUUUGUCUCGAAGAUUUGUGUAUCCAACCAUCUUCGAUUUCUCACUCGAUAAUCCACCACUCAAUCACAAUCCGCCACGCUCCAUCCAUCUCCCAUACCGCCAUCUCUUCAAACCUCGAAAAAGCAGGCUUUGAAGUCUACAGUGUUACUGCAUGGAAGGACAAGGAUACAGAGGCGGAGAAGAGCAAAAAGAGAAAAAGACAUGUGGAACAGUGUGUUCAGUGUCGAGAUGAGUUGUUGCAGAGCUGUGGUUCUCAGGAAGCGCUGAUGCAGAAAGUACAGCCCUUUGUUGAUGCUUCUGAUGUCGAGAAAGGUGGUGCUGUUUCUUCUGAGGACGAGGGUGGUAGGGACGAGCUUGAGGCUGUGGUACCUUCCAUGCCGGAGCUCUUUCGUGCUACUUUCUCGAUUGAAGGGAUGACGUGUAGUGCCUGCGUUACCGCUAUCUCCCAGGCUGUCUCUCGGCAUUCCUUUGUACAGGAUGUGAAUGUCAACCUACUCAGCAACUCGGCUACAGUCGUCUUCUCAGGUCAAGGUAACGAGAAAACCAUCUCAGAGUCAAUCGAUGAUGCUGGAUACGAUGUGUCCUUGAGCGACUUGGAGAGUCUGAAUAUCAAGAAGAUUGCCCACGAGCAAACAUGGAAAGCAACAUUUUCUGUCACAGGCAUGACUUGUACUGCUUGCGUACGAUCUCUAACUGCUGGGCUUGAACAGCCGGAGUGGGUCGACAGCGCUCAAGUCAAUCUGAUCUCCAAUAGUGCCACGGUGGUAUUUAAAGGGAUCAAGGAAGGCGUCAAGGAUAUCGUUACCAUAAUCGAGAACCUAGGGUUCGACGCUUCGGCCGACGAAGUCAACAGCAUUGAUGGCGUCGAGGAACAGACUCUAAAAAGGACAGUCGUUUUGCGCAUGACAGGAAUGUACUGUCACCACUGUCCAUCUCGCAUCCUCCAAGCUCUCUCCGACAACUUUGGCGACAAAGUCAAGGUCGACGAAGAGUGCAGUAUAAAUGAUCCACUACUUCGACUCAGCUAUCAACCUCAACCACCGACUCUCACACUUCGACACAUCCUCAACACCAUCAAUGGAUUAGACACACAAGUCCGAGCCUCGAUCUUUAAUCCUCCAACCAUCGAACAACGAUCAAGAGAAAUCCACGCCGCCGAACGCAGAAAAAUCCUUCUCCGCUUCCUGCUGUGUCUAGUCACUGCCAUUCCAACCUUUGUAAUCGGCAUCGUGUACAUGACUCUCGUCAAGCACGAAAACACGGGUCGCAAGUACUUGAUGCAACACAUCUGGACAGGUAGCGUCAGCAGAGCAGACUGGGCUUUGUUCAUCCUAGGAAGCAUCAUCUACUUUUUCGCCGCCGACAUUUUCCACAUCAGGAGUUUGCAGGGUAUAUACCUCAUGUGGAAGCCUUCGUCACGCACGCCUCUCAGUCAUCGAUUACUCAGAUUCGGCAAUAUGAAUAUGUUGAUUAGUCUGGGAACUUCGGUUGCGUAUUUUGCUUCUAUUGCUGCUCUUGGUAUCAAUGCUAAUACUACUAGUGACAAGAGCAUGGGACAGGGACAAGCUUAUUACUUUGACUCUGUGGUGUUCUUGACAUUGUUCUUGUUGGGUGGCAGAGGUAUGGAAGCAUGGACAAAAGCAAAGACCGGAGACGCUGUUUCUGCUUUAGGGUCUCUCAGACCUGAUACCGCUCUCUUGGUCUCCUCUUCUAACAACGCAUCUCCAACUCUAGAUAAAACACCAACAGAGCUGCUCGAGGUAGGCGAUGUAGUGCGAGUGCUUCAGGGCAGUUCUCCGCCCUUCGACGGCACCAUCAUCUCCGGAACCACAAAAUUCGACGAAGCAAGUCUGACAGGAGAAUCCAGACUCGUUGCCAAACAACCCGGCGAUGAGGUCUUUUCCGGCACAAUCAACAAAGGAGCUCCCAUCGAUAUACGCUUGACUUCCAUCUCGGGAACCUCAAUGCUAGAUCAAAUCAUCAAGGUCGUUCGCGAGGGACAAACCAAACGCGCGCCCGUGGAACGUGUGGCUGAUAUCUUGACCUCGCGCUUUGUGCCGCUGAUUGUGUUUCUGGGGAUCCUUACUUGGUUGAUCUGGCUCUCGUUGGGUCUUUCUGGGGCUUUGCCUUCGUCGUAUCUGGAUACAGACAUUGGCGGAUGGCCAUUUUGGUCGCUGCAAUUCUCGAUAGCGGUAUUUGUGGUGGCGUGUCCUUGUGGAAUCGGUCUCGCUGCUCCGACUGCGUUGUUCGUGGGCGGUGGAUUGGCCGCUAAACAUGGUGUUCUUGUCAAGGGUGGUGGAGAGGCUUUUCAGGAGGCGUCGAUGCUUGAUUGCGUUGUUUUUGACAAGACGGGCACGUUGACAGAAGGAAAGGAACCGGCUGUUGCUGAUUGCAAGAUCCUUGGCGACAAGAGAAGGGCUUUCAUGAUGGCAAGGGUACUCGAGGAGAACAGCAGUCACCCGGUCGCCAGAGCUGUUGUCGAGUACAGCAAAGCUCGAGUUUCCGAUGGCGAAACCAUUCAAGCUGCCAACGUUGAGGAAGUGCCUGGCCAAGGACUCAAAGGAACCUUCAACACAGGCUCAGAGACACACAUCACAGCCAUCAUUGGCAACGAAGCACUGAUGGCAGAUUUCAACGUACAUCUCGACUCGGAAAGCACAGAUCUGAUCGAAAGUUGGAAACAGCAGGGCAAGUCUAUUGCUCUUCUAUCAGUCUCUCCAUCACCAACAACAGCUUUCACAUUACAAGCAGCCUUUGCAAUCGCGGAUCCACUGCGGCCAGAAGCAGCCACAGUUGUCAAAUGGCUGCAAAAGCAAGGCCUCGAGGUCUUUAUGAUCUCAGGCGAUAAUGCAACCACAGCGAACAGCGUGGGAGCAGCAGUAGGCAUACCCGCCUCCAACAUCUUCGCUGGAGUUUUGCCAGAGCAAAAAGCAGAUAAGAUCAAGUAUUUGCAGCAGACGCUUGCACCGCGAAAGUCGCGAGGAUUGAUCGGGUCGCGCAAACAUAGGGCUACGGUAGCCAUGUGCGGCGAUGGCAUCAACGAUUCUCCAGCUUUGGCGACGGCGGACGUGAGCAUCGCAAUCGGGUCCGGGUCUGAUGUAGCCUUGUCGACAGCUUCGUUUGUGCUCGUGACAUCCGACUUGCACGCUCUGGUCAGGCUUUUGGAGCUGUCGCGCGUGGUGUUUCGUCGAGUUGUGCUCAACUUUGCGUGGGCGUUGGUGUACAAUCUGAUUGCACUGCCCGUUGCAGCAGGAGCGUUGUAUGUCAUAAGAACCAGCGGAGGCAAGCACGUCCGGCUGGAUCCAGUGUGGGCCAGCUUGGCCAUGGCGCUGAGUUCGGUGUCUGUGGUAUCGAGCAGUCUGUUACUGCGCACCAAGAUUCCAUUUGUGGGCUUCAGAGCAACCAAGAUUUAG